GAUACUAACCCAAUCACUCCGAAGACUCGAUAAGCAUUUCAAGCAUCAAAAUGCCAUCCUCCAAUAAACUCACUGGCGCGGAUCGUCUCUCCCAAUUGUUUGAAAACAUUGUUGUGACCAAUCACAAUGAUAUACGGAGCAUAAACUCAACCUUUGGUGCCAUUAGGCGAGAUCUAGAAGGUGGAAAUGUUGCAAAUGGUAGGGAUAAUGAAAAGAUCAUCUUAUCUCAAGAUAGAGGCUAUAGAAAACCCGUCACCAGAAGUAUGGACAACCCCAAGUUUGAGCCUUUCAAGGACGACGAUUCAGAAAAAAGCGGCCUUCCACUUCCUGCACCGACGAAAGCUCUCCAGAAGAAGAUUAUCACCCCAGAAUCCUUUUCACCUCAUCUCUUCGAGAUAAGACCCAAAACCAAUAGCCAAGUCGGCAUGUUCGCCACCCAAGCCAUCCCAAAAGAAACCGAGAUCUUGCGCGAAGCGCCCCUCAUCCUCGGUGGACCCACCUGGCCCGGCCGCGAAGCAGCCUACAACAAGCUUUCGCGCCGCAAAAAAGUAGCAGUCGAUUCCCCCUCCAGCCUAUGCAUUUGCGGAAAGAAACCCGAGCUCUGUCUCGAAACACCACUGAUGAAACACUGGGCCGUCAAUUCUUUUGAGAUGAAUCCGCUUGUCCAAGUUGGUAAUACCGCAAAUGAUAAUUGUAUCUACGAUAAAGCCUCUGGGACUAACCAUGCUUGUAAAACUAAUUGUUCUCGUGCGUUCAACUCUGAACACAGUAUUUCGAUCCGAGCAAUGCGGGAUAUCAGGAAAGGAGAGGAAAUCACACAUAAUUAUGGUGCAUAUGGCACCGCUUCUUUUCGCGCGGGUAAUAUUGCGGAAAGAUGGAAGUUUAUUUGUACGUGUAAUGCAUGUAUCAAGGGAGAGUAUGUGCCAGAAACGGGAUAUGAAGAGUAUCAGCACAACAAGAUACUUUUCUGUUUCCAAUUUCCACAUCUCGUUCCACUUGGCGCCGAGACAGCAGAAGAAGCGGCGAUCUCGCAGGAUAUCAUGGAAUGGGCCGAGAUGAUUGAAAAAGAUAUCCUCGAAGCCGAAGCGUAUUGGUAUGCGCAUACCGAUGGAAUGGUUAGCAGACGGAUUACUCGACUGAGAUUCACCAGGGAAUGGACGGUUAUUAAUGAGUCACCGACGAGAAAUUUCUUGGUUAAUGGCCAUGAAAGGUUUUUGAAGGAAAAUAAUAAGUUCAACCUCUCUGAGAACGUCAUUGAGUUGUACAUUUGGCGUGCUACCAAGGCUUUGCGGGCAGAGGUUAAUCGCUGCCAUCCCAUGUUCAUGAGAAAGCAUUCAUGAAUGACAGUUUGGGGGUGGAAUCUUGUUGGGUUGCAAGUACUUGAGAUACAGGGGGCUAGAAUUUGGGAUAAUAUUAUUC